AUGGCGCGACAAAGGGCGAUCUUAAAAUACCGUGAACGACAUCAUGCAAAAUUGAGUCAGGGCAUAAAUUCCGAGAGUGAUAGUAAAUCGGCUAUACUAUCAGAAACAGUUGUGACAGAUGUGUUUAAGGAGGUACCUGGCCAAUUCAGCGACAUGGCCUCUGAUGCUGGUGUAUCUGAGACUUCGUACGGAGGUACCCUGCUCGAGGGCACUGAUGCAGAUGCCCCCAAAAUACCACCUAUACCAAAGAUUGGCAUAGAAAACAGACCCUUUGAAUGUCCAUACUGCUUUUACAUUAUCACGGUUCGAGACAGGAGAGCAUGGGCGCGCCAUAUUUUCCGUGAUCUGAUGCCGUACGUCUGCAUCUUUCCGGGAUGCUCGGUGCCAAACAAGCUCUACGGGAGCCGCCGGCAAUGGCAUCAUCAUAUCAAACAAACACACGCUACCGCCACAAGCACGGAUAGUACAUAUGACUGCUCUAUCUGCAGACAGUGCUCUCUUCCCGCUAUCACAUUUCAGCGACACGUGGGUAAACACUUGGAAGAGCUUGCGCUUUUUUUGCUACCACGAACAGACUCAGACGCAGAUGAAAACAAAGUGACGGAUGAGAAUCUUACCAUCAUAUCUACAAACAUUCAUACAUUAGAACAGAGUGUCGAGCAGCGCAAUGACAUGGAAAAUGUAGCAAGAUCAGCCUCCGACUCCUAUAUCAGUGAUGACAAUUUACCAUUGAAAGGGCCACGGAUCAAAAACAAACAUUACCCAUCCUCAGUCGGAGCGAACUUGAGCGACAGAGAGUCCCUAGGAGAUCUGGGGUCUGACGUGGAGGACAAAAUGCGCGCCUCAUCGUCCCCUUACAGUCGCGAUUACGACCUCGAUAUGAGGGAGGAUCUAGAGUAUGAGGAAGAGAAGGCUAAAUUGUCCAUCCCGGAGGCCGGCAAUACAUAUGAGGUUACUUUUUCAGGUCAUAAUAGCGGCAUACAGAUCGGCUAUAAAACGGAUACUAUCAAUUGGAACGGCAGUCGCACGUAA